AUGGGGGAGGUGAUAAUACAGCAAGGGAGGUCUCUGGCAGAGACUCCAACUUAUUUGGUUGCUUCAUUGGUAACGGUCAUGGUGUUUGUGUGCCUUCUAGUGGAGAGGUCAAUCUACAGAUUUGGAAAGUGGUUGAAGAAGACUAGGAGAAAGGCUCUUUUUGCUUCUUUGGAAAAGAUUAAGGAAGAGCUGAUGCUGCUUGGGCUUAUAUCUUUGUUGUUGGCACAAUGCGCAAGGGGGAUCUCCGAGAUCUGUGUAAAUUCAUCUCUUUUCAGCAGUAAGUUCUAUCUUUGUUCAGAGAAAGAUUAUGGAACAGAUGAGCACAUUAUGCUUGAAAGUACUUUCUCUUCUACCAACUCUACCAAUAUUCCUCCAAAGGGUCUUUCAUCUAAUAAAUGUGGUGAGGGCCGCGAACCAUUUGUUUCAUAUCAGGGUCUUGAGCAGCUUCACCGCUUCUUAUUUGUUCUUGGGAUCACUCAUGUUCUCUAUAGUUGUGUGGCAGUUGGUCUGGCUAUGAGCAAGAUCUACAGUUGGAGGAAAUGGGAAAGCCAGGCCAGCUUAGUGGCUGAUGGGAAUCCGCAAGCAAAGAAAAACAAGGUGAUGAGGCGACAGACCACCUUUGUUUUCCAUCACACAUCUCAUCCAUGGAGCAGGAGUCGGGUUCUCAUUUGGAUGCUCUGCUUUCUGCGGCAAUUUAGGAGUUCUAUACAGAAAUCAGAUUACUUGGCACUGCGUUUGGGUUUUGUCAAUAAGCACAAACUGCCACCUUCUUAUAAUUUCCAUAAAUAUAUGGUUCGGAGCAUGGAAGAUGAACUUCACGGUAUCCUAGGGAUUAGCUGGCCGCUUUGGGGGUAUGCAAUUGUGUGCAUCUUCAUAAAUAUACAUGGUCUCAAUAUAUAUUUCUGGCUUUCUUUCAUCCCUGCCAUUCUUGUCAUGCUGGUUGGAACAAAGCUUCAACAUGUUGUCUCCUCUUUAGCACUUGAAAUUAUGGAACAAAAAGGUUCAUCUGUUGUGGGUCAAGUAAAGCCACGUGAUGAUCUUUUUUGGUUUGGGAAACCAGAGAUAUUAUUACGAUUAAUACAGUUCAUCAUAUUUCAGAAUGCCUUUGAGAUGGCAACAUUUAUCUGGUCAAUGUGGGGAUUCAAGAAGAGAUCAUGCUUCGUGAAAAACCAUUGGAUGAUAGCCAUUCGGUUGGCUUCUGGUAUUCUUGUCCAGUUCUGGUGUAGCUACAGCACGGUGCCGCUCAAUGUAAUUGUUACCCAGAUGGGAUCGCGGUGCAAGAAAGCAUUGGUUGCAGAGAGUGUGAGAGAAUCACUCCAUAGCUGGUGCAAGAGAGUGAAGGAGAAGUCUAGAAUACGCGAUUCGGUGCACUCACACACCACAAGAUCAGUAUGUUCACUUGAAUCAACGGUGGAUGAGAGGGAUGAAAUAACAGUUGCAUCUGAUACGUUGUCUCGAAGCUCUUCCAUGGGGUCACUGAAUCAGGUGACUGUGGAGUCAAAUGAACUAGUGCAGCAACCAGUGGUUGAAAGUUGUGAGAGAGAUGGAGAAUAUUCUUUCAGGGUUGAAGAGUAUUUGUCUGAUUCUCUACGGGUAAGGGGAUCAGUCCCUCCCACCAAUGAUGAAGAUGACAGUAGAGAGGAAGGGAAAGUUGAGACUCUCUUUGACUUGUUUCACAAGAUAUGAUGAAGGCUUAGGCAUAGGCUUGUUUAUGCAAUUAACAGCAGCAUUAUAUUGCCAUUGUUGUUUGUUCAAGCUAUUAUUAUUUAAGUU